CUAAUAUCGUAUCGAAGCAAAGUGAAAUAAUUUUUAGGUUUUGAUUUCCGAGAGUUCUCUUCUCGAAUUUUCUUUUUAUCUGCUCUGUUUCUUCCUUCUCACGAAACGUGUUUGCUUUAACUUAAGUUCGUAAUUGCUUUGCUUUCGAUCGUAAUUUGCAUUUAGCUUCGAUGGCUAAUACCGCAAUGCUAGCUCGAUCGGUAUUCCGAGAUUAUUUGCCUGACGAGGUGAAAAGCUACAUCUCUUAUGGCUUUCGUAGCUACUUUCGCGGCCGCUUCUUGCUUUACUUUUCCACUCAAAUGACAAUAACCAUCGAAGAAUUUGAUGGAUUUGUUCACAAUCAAGUCUUUGAAGCUGCAAAGGCCUAUCUAGCCACCAAAAUCUCUCCUUCUAACAAAAAAAUUAAAGUGAGUAAACACCAGAAAGAAAAAAGCUACAACGUGACCGUGGAACGUGAUGAGGAAGUUGUGGACACUUUCAAUGGCGUCCAGUUCCGGUGGGUCCUCCGUUGUGGCCAUGUUGAGUCCAAGAAUCAAAACUCCAAAGCCAAAUCCGAGGUCCGAUCAUUCGAGCUCAACUUCCACAAACAAUACAAGGACAUAGCUCUUGAAUCUUACUUGCCAUUCAUGGUGAAAAGAGCCACAUUGAUGAAGCAAGAAAAGAAAAAGCUUAAGAUCUUCACUCUCGACACAGAAUGGUACUCAAACAGGUGGACCUCAGUUACUCUUGACCAUCCUUCUACUUUCAAGACGCUAGCAAUGGAUUCAGAUGUCAAGAGAAGUGUGAUGGAAGAUCUAGACAAAUUUGUAAAGCGGAGCGAUUACUAUAAGAGGGUAGGUAAAGCUUGGAAGAGAGGUUACUUGUUGUACGGUCCACCAGGCACAGGGAAGUCAAGUUUGAUUGCAGCCAUGGCCAAUCAUCUCAACUUUGAUAUUUACGACCUAGAGUUAACUGCCGUUAACAACAAUUCUGAACUCAGGCAAUUAUUGAUUGCCACUGCUAAUCGUUCGAUUCUUGUUGUGGAAGAUAUUGACUGCUCUAUCAAACUAAAUAAUAGGACAAGUACUGAUCAUGAAGAUGAACCUCCUGAGAAAUCACGAAACAAGAAGGUGACACUCUCUGGACUGCUAAAUUUCAUAGAUGGUCUAUGGUCAAGCUGCGGGGAAGAAAGAAUCAUAAUAUUCACAACAAAUUACAAAGACAAACUCGACCCGGCCUUGUUAAGACCAGGACGUAUGGAUAUGCACAUUCACAUGUCGUAUUGCACGCCAAGUACUUUCAAGGUUCUUGCUUCAAACUAUCUAGAGAUCAAAGAGCACCGCCUUUUUAGCAAGGUCGAAGAAGGUAUCGAGGCGACAGAGGUUACUCCAGCAGAGGUGGCUGAACAACUUAUGAGGAAUGACUCUGUUGAUAAGAUUCUUCAAGCCACCGCCAAAACAGCUUUGACGGCGGUUGCAUCAGUUGCUGCAGCCGCAAUGCUAGCUCGAUCAGUGGUUCAAGAUUACAUGCCAAGCGAGGUUCAUGAGUUUAUCUCUUACGGCUUUCGCAGAUUCUUCAGCUACUUCUCUUAUCAGAUGACUGCUGUUAUUGAAGAAUUUGGAGGUUUUGAACACAAUCAAGUGUUUGAAGCUGCAGAGGCUUAUCUCUCCACCAAGAUAUGUAAUUCCACUAAAAGAAUCAAAGUGAACAAACUUGAGAAACAGAGCAAUUAUAGUGUUACUGUUGAACGUGAUGAGGAAGUUGUGGAUACUUUUGAUGGCGUCAAGCUUAGUUGGAUCCUUGUAUGUCGCCAUGUCGAUAAAAAGGAUUUUCGUAACCCGCGAGAUCUCAACUCCACUUUGAAAUCAGAAGUGCGUACUUACGAGCUUAGUUUCCGAAAGAAGUUCAAGAACAUGGUUCUUGAAUCUUAUUUACCGUUUGUUGUGGAACAAGCUGUUUCUAUGAAAGAAAAGAUUAAGACGUUGAAGAUCUUUACUGUUGAUUCUUACUCCGUAGAGUGGACCUCUGUGACUCUCGAUCAUCCUUCCACGUUUCGCACUCUCGCUAUGGAUCCCGAGGUGCAGAAAAACUUGGUGGAGGAUCUUGAUCGAUUCGUGCAGCGGAAAGGCUUUUACGGGAGGGUGGGAAAAGCUUGGAAGAGAGGGUAUUUGUUGUAUGGUCCUCCCGGUACUGGAAAAUCAAGCUUGAUCGCAGCCAUCGCUAAUCAUCUUAACUUUGAUAUCUAUGACUUAGACUUGACAUCACUUAACAACAAUGCUGAGCUCAGGAGGUUACUUAUGUCUACUGCAAAUCGUUCCAUUCUAGUUGUGGAAGAUAUAGAUUGUUCAAUCGAGUUAAAAGAUCGGUCUACUGAUCAGGAAAACAACGAUCCGCUGCAUAAAACGGUCACACUCUCUGGUUUAUUGAAUUUUGUAGAUGGACUAUGGUCAAGUUGUGGUAACGAGCGGAUUAUAGUGUUUACGACUAACUACAGAGAAAAAUUGGAUCCAGCAUUGUUGAGGCCAGGACGUAUGGACAUGCACAUUCACAUGUCGUAUUGUACACCAGCUGCUUUUAAGGUUUUGGCUUCGAAUUAUCUCGAGAUUCAAGAUCAUAUACUUUUCGAGCAGAUUGAAGAAUUUAUCCAAGAAAUUGAAGUUACACCAGCAGAAGUAGCUGAACAGUUGAUGAGGAGUGACUCUGUGGAUAAAGUACUCCAAGGACUCGUUGAGUUCUUAAAAGCCAAGAAAAAGAUAAAUAACUAAAAAGAAAUUUUGUAGUUCUUUUAUUUGUUUCUUUGAUAAACACUAUCUUAUGCUAUUAUUGGUUAUAAAAUGUUACAGAAAGUGAGAAAUCAUAAUUAUUACUUCCUUAGGAGUAUUAUUUUCCUAAAGAAAUGUUGAUAUUAUUU